UAUUUCGCGCGCGCGAGUUUAUAUUUUUGGAAUAUCAAAGUGUCAAAAUUUAAUGAAAUUAUUUCAGUAUUAAUUCUUGCUCGCGCGAAAAAGCACAGAAUAUGUGGAUAAAGAGAAUGGACCCGCGCUGCAAAUAAUCGCGCUCGCGCAGCAGCAGCAGCAGCAAGGGAACCAAGAAGAACCGAGGACGCACGAGCGACGCCGUUCGGCUCAGGCUUCUCUCUUGUGCUUGUGCGUCUCCACCUCCCGAUCCCGAUCCCGCGAACCAAAGACCGCGGUUCUUUCGCGAUUGGAGCACGCGCGCUAGACAAGAAACGCGUCGCGGUGGCGGCGGCGAUUCGAGCGAGCGUGCGUGCCUGCUUGCGCCUGGCUGCGUGCGUGCGUCCCGGUUCAGAACCACGGAACGGAGAGCGUAUCGUGGUUGUCCGCGGGGGCAGAGAGGCGAGAAAGCGGAAAAAGCACAUACACGCACACAAACACACUGUCAUGGCAUUAAUGUUAACGACGCGUGUCGAACGUACUACGUGCCAUCGUUGUCGCGAAACGAGGUGCCGGUAAUAUACGUAGUCGUUCUCCGCUGCGAAACAGUCGCGAGGUAACACACGGGAGAACGACGGCAACGAUCGUCGUCGUCCAUCCGUCCGCACGGAGAGAAAGAAAGAAAAAGAAAAAGAGAGUGUAUAUGUGUACGUGUGCGUAUGUGCGCGAGUGUACGUGUAUGCGUGUAACCAGCACGAGCAUUGUCAGUCGCUCUGCUUCGAAUCAUCGCAGUCGAUCUUGUACUCUCGGCAUCCACCUUUCAUCCGCGACGAGGAUUCGUGCGAGACGGUGCACGAGCUCGAGGACGUCACAUGCUAUGCGGCAUCCUCCGUUAUUCGCCGUCCGGUCGUCGUCGAUCGCGAGAAACGAACGCGGCAUCGCCGCCGCUGCCGUUGUGUCGCUUGCGAGCGCGCGCAAGAGAGAGCGAGAGGGCCGCUCCUCUCUCUCUCUACCUCUCUCACUCUUACGUGGAGAGUGCGAGCACGCUUAACCUAAAAUCCUCUUCUCUCGGUACGUCUCGUCCCGUGUCCCGUCUCCCUCGUCACCGCGGGAUCCCGUUGUCCGGUGUGCGUUCCCUCGAUAAGCGGCACGGCGUUUGUGCCGAGGAGACGACGCGUCCGAAUCGAUCGAGACUUGAUCUUUGACGGCGUUCAAUCGUGAACGCGACAGACCGAGACGGAGCCGCGAGUCGCGCGAAACUCGCUUUUUCGACGUCGCGCCUACCAGGCGAUGCUGAUUGUGAACUGCCAUCCUUCUCGCGACUCGAGUGUUCGUGAACGCGCGUGAUAAUAACUGGUGCUCUUAGCGGGUAUCCGAAUGUGCAUUCGGUGCUACCGUGUGAUCAUUUUCCUCUGCAUUGAAGAGUAUAUCUCUCUCUUAGUUCCCCAGGUAAAAUAGAACUCUCUUCCUCUUUCUGCCAUUAGACUCUUUCUUCCUCGUUGUCACUAAUAAACGAACUGAUGACGACUGUGAUGUCUGUGAUUUUCGGAACAAGAAUGUUUGUUUAUUGAACAGACUAGAGAUAAGGAGAUUUGCGGUGGACAAUGCAGCAAUUCAAAGACCAGAGCCCUUGAUAGCAGUUGUGCAGUUACGGAACUUGUGGUAAAUAGUGUAUGUGUGCACUUUUUUGGUGUUUUGUGUCACCACAGCUGUGAAAACAGUUUCUUCUCAAAGACCGCACUGCUGAUGUUUAGAGAGUUUCACUGUUGUGUACUCUGCCAAUUGCAUCAGACUGGUAAUAGUGAUGACAUUUCAUCAUGAAAUGAUUUGUGUUUGGUCAAGAGCAACCCCUAAGCUUCACGAUGGAAACAUAGGACACAUUCGAUGAAAAAAAAAAUGCCUAUGUAGAAGAACACAUGUUCUGGGAAUUGAUGGGUAUAUGCUUUUCCUGCAGGAGACCAACCAGUGGCAGGUUGAACAGUAAAAUCUCUGAACACAUCUCGGCAUCAGUAACCCCUCUCCAUGUUUGUCUGGAAGAACAAAGAGGACCAGAACUGGGCUCAUGUGACGCUUCACAAGCUCACAGGCCUCAAGUUAAAAGGACCUUUAAGAAUCAAAAAGCAGAAGAAGAAAUUCCCGAAGAGGUGGCAGAGGGUAGUUCGAUCGAGAUUGAGGCAGAGCUAAGACACAGUAUGGCCAACACUAUCAGCAACAUAAAGAUGACCAACCCCAUAAAGGGGCUUGUCAGCAAACAUCGUAAACGUUUUAUAGAAGAUGGUUUUAAUCUUGAUCUCACAUAUAUAAAAGAUAAUUUAAUAGCAAUGGGUUUCCCAGCUGAGAAGCUGGAGGGAGUGUACAGAAAUCAUAUUGAUGAUGUUGUUAAACUACUGGAAUCCAAACAUAAAGACCACUACAAGAUUUAUAAUUUGUGUUCCGAAAGAUCAUACGAUUGCAAUAAGUUCAAGCAAAGGGUAGCCAUUUACGCAUUUGAUGAUCAUAAUCCACCAAAGUUGGAACAGAUCAAGCCUUUCUGCGAGGACGUGCAUUCGUGGUUAUCUAAACACAAAGACAACGUGGCCGUAGUUCAUUGUAAGGCAGGCAAAGGUCGAACAGGCGUAAUGGUGUCUUGCUAUCUACUCCACAGUAAACAGUUUCUUAAUGCCACCGAUGCCCUUAAUUUUUAUGGAAAUAUACGCACUCACGACAAGAAAGGCGUAACUAUACCGUCGCAGAUAAGAUACGUAGACUAUUAUGCCACCAUUGUUAGAGAGGGUCUCAAUUAUCAACCAGUGACAUUAAUAUUGCGCAAAAUACAACUGGAUCCAGUCCCUAUUUUCAAUGGCGGUCAAGCAUGUCUGCGUUAUAUAAUCUCGGAAUCAAACAAAAGAAUAUUUUCGGGUGUUUACGAAGUCCGGAAAGGAACGCCUUCUAUAUGUAUCUCGUUACAACACAGUAUAGCUCUGACGGGUGAUAUACGAGUGGAAUUUUUCAACAGACCAAAAAUGAAACCAAAGGAAAAAAUGUUUCAUUUCUGGUUCAACACAUUUUUUGUCCGUGAAAAAGUAAAUUCUGAGUAUGACAAUGGCGAGUUACUUGUUGAAAGAGCGACGAGGGCAUUGAGCUGCGAUGGCACAGCUAUGGAAUGUCCAAUGGUUAUGUCGCACGUGAAAUCCAGAACAGGCUCGUUGGCGAGCCUCGGUUCUAUGCCACCUACUCUCGUUUUACGGAUAGGCAAGUCUGAGUUAGACAAAGCACACAAGGAUAUAAACCACAAAUUAUACAGUGAAGAUUUUAAAGUAAGUCUAUUUAUGCAUUGCGUGGGCGGGAGUACAUCACCGGCUGUGCCAGCGACGACGAACAGAAGCGGGGACGACAUGCAGCUGGGGAUGGGCGGGCAGGAGACGCCGAGCGAAUCGAGUGAAGCGGAUAGCAGUGAGUGCGACACCACUGGUGACGAGGACGGUUGGGAAUCCGGGGAAUCGACAUAUUUGUGACUGUUGAGACUUGACUGAGAUGAUGAUGGCGGGGCCGAUCGCGGGGCUAAACACUUCUUCACAGUGACGAUCAACCUCUGACCUCGCACCGCUUGAUUACCGAGUCGAUUGUCGAUGUGCGAAUAGAUGAAACAACCACCAUCGCCAUCCCGUGUCUGCCACACCACGCAUGCAUAUACAUCCUACCCACAUAUUCCUCGCCCCCGCAAAAUUCUUGAUAUCACACGCUGAUGCUUCACGAAAAAGAUUUCCGAAAGAAAUUCCGUUAUUUGAAUUAGAAUAAUUAAUUAAUUUAACAUAUUAUCAUCGUACGCGUACAUUGCUACGUUGUGCACGAUUAGUAUACGGCUUUUGUAUAAAAGAAAUAAAGCGCCGGUUUUAACUAACUCCACUCUCAGAAUGAUUUAUAUAACAAACGAUCUAUUAAAUAGCGAUUAAAUAAAUAAAUUUUUGUAUAUAUGAAAGCAGAGAUAUAUUUAUAAAUUAAUAUUAUUCAAGCUGCAAGUAUUAUUCGCGCAAAUUGAAGUCGAACUUCAAGCCCAGUGAUCGCUGCAGUAAGUAGAUUUAUUCUUUGCAUUAAUUCUAUAUCGUGGUUGUGCUAAUAUUUAUCAAAAUUGUAGAAAUUAUAGAAAUCAUUUUAAAAAAUUUUAUAUUGUAUGAAGAGUUUUAAAGGGAAAACUUUAUUUCGUUUCUUUUUUUUUUUUUACACGGAAAGGCGCUUGAUUUCUUCUGUGGAAAAGCGAUCUACAUUAGUAUUAGUUAGAAAUUUUUUUAUAAAAACGAUUAUUCGGCAACAUUUUUCUUUCAGUUUUGCGCGGCAAACAUUGUUUUAUUGUCGAGCGAGAGUCGCAAAAAUAAAGUAUAUCAAACUUAAUCUUUUAAACAAAAUUAGUACAUUGCACUGAUAAACAGUGAUUCUCAUUAAUUUUGUUGAAAAGAAUAAAAUUGACGCGCUAUCGAUUCCGCAUAGCGAAAUAAUUCGCAUAAAUAAAAUAUAAAUCGAGUUUAUUUUCUUCAUUUUUCCUAUUUAUUUAUUUUCCAAGGAGGAAACAAUAACGAUAUUCGUGUUUUGCACGAUAUAAUUUAUUUAUUUACUUUUUCUCCGAUGUGUUUUAUUCGUACAAUAUACGUACGCGUUUUUUUUUUCCUUUUAUCGUCUCUUCGACGUGAUGGGCGAUUUAUUUCGAUGACAUAGACAUCCGAUUUAUCGCAUGUAUUCGCGCGCUGAUAUUAUUAUUAUUUUAAGUUUGUCUAUUUUUUUUGUUAUCAACGAAACUCGUCAUCAAAUUUUGUAUAAUAUUUCCGUCUUCUUUUAUGGAUAAAGCAGAAUGCCUCACUCUCAAUAACAAUUGUUUGAUAAAAGUAAAUAUUACGAUUCUUUUGUACAAUAAUUGUUUGUAGUAAUCACCUAAUUUAAUCGCUUAAAGUGAUAAGAAAAAAAAACACGAUGACUGAUUGUUAAUUUACACAAUUGGUGUUUAGCAUCGAAAUAUAAUUGUUUCUGCGAAAAAAGAAUUUUGUUAUAUAUUAUUAUUAUUAUUAUUAUUAUUAUUAUUAUUAUUAAUUGGAUCUUUUAUGUAUUUUUUUAUUUAUGACCAUGUUGUAUCAGGGUUUUUAAUACUCUAUCCCAAUCUUUGUGUUUUGUAUUAUUAUGCCAUUAUCUAGGAUUGACAACGAGAAAGAUAGAAAUAUAGCGUUGUAUGUGUUGAAAAACGCAUUACGAGAGAAUAGAUAUGUAAGAUUCAUAUAGUUGAAAUUACAAUAGAUGAUUUUUUACGCUAGAUCGAUUACGAUAAGAUAGUAGCAAUAAAUAAAUUAAUGUCGCGUUUGAUUUAUUUCUAUACAUUUAGUAUUUAAUCGAAAAGAGGAAAAGAAAAGAAUAUUUUUUUUGCUGUAGUAGAAUAAACCUAUAUCUCGCAUAUAUUUUUCGCAAUAGAAAUUUAAGUUUGUCGUUAACAAGAGUACAUCCUAUCCCCGACACGUCUAGAUACGUUUUUGUGACCUCAUCAAUACUGUCUGCUUUUUACAAAGUAGAAACAAUACAUACAUACAUAUAUACAUACAUACAUACAUAUGUAUAUACAAUGAUUGUUACUAUAUAUACGUCUACGCAAAAAUGCAUUUGAAAGGAAUAUAGAACGAGGAACUUUGCCUUCUCAGAUAGAUUCAUUUCACUCGCACCGGAAGCUUUACUGGGACCAAUAAAACUAUCUUGUAAGUCUGCGUAUUUUUUUCUUUGCUGAUGACGAUCUUAAUCUUAAGAACUCUAUAUUUAUGGUAUAUAUUAGAAAUUAAUGACUCAACCUAUAGAGUACAAAAUACGUGACUUGAUCUCAGAAAUAGAAAAUUAAUUAUGUCUCCAAAAAAACACGGCGUUAAUCUUUUGAACAAUGUCAUUGAAUGACACAUUUAAGGAAUUUUAACAAAGAAUAGAUUUACUUACGUAAAAAGAAUAGUUUAAAGUUAUUUCUAGAAAAUUGAUUUGUCUAUAAUUAUCGUAUUGAUUUUCUCAUCGAAAAUAUGCUCUCGGCAACAACAAUUGUGUCCAAUUAAUGAAAAGCAUUUAUUUUAUCCAAAGAUUUUUAUAGACGAAUUUUAAAUAAAUAAAAUAAUUUGAACAUAUAUGAAAAAAAAGAAUUCGAAAACAUGCCAUAAUAAUUACGAACAUCAUAAUAACAUUCGAUUUCUUUCUUUUUCUAUAAUAUUUCUACUUUUGUAACUCGGCGAUAUAUAUUUUGAAUGACUGACGCGGGGAUGCACGUUUCUUUAUUCUCUCGAGGAUACAUCGCUAUUAUUUAAUUAAUUAAUUUAUUCGUAAGAUUCUUUACGAUUUUUUUUGCUUCUAUGAUGCAACAACGAAAUAUAUCUGUUUUAUUUUUUAUAUGCACAUUCGUUUAUGUUUUUCUAUGAUUUAAUGCGUAGUCAAAUACAAUUUACUUGAAAAUUUGUCGAGUUUAGAUCUUACGCGAUCUUUUUAGCGUUUUAUUUUAACAAUCUCCUUCUAACUUUUUGGCAAUCUAAUUUAUAUUAACAGUUAACUGUUUAAACAUAAAGAGGCAAUACCAUAUACUAUCCGCAGAUAGUUAAGUUAUAUGUAAUAAUGCGUUUAAAUUGCGUUCUUUACAAUAUGUACCUUGCAAUAACAAUAAGUUUGAUAUUAAAA